AUGGACCGUGACGCAUCACCGCGCCAACUGUUUGAGACCCUCAGGGCGCGCCUCGGUAGCCUGUCAGAGGCCCUGUUCGAUAAGGCACCAUGCACGCGCCGGAGCGCCUCCCGCCCCGCCACAAACAGCUUCCGUGGCUCUGGUCCCGACCUUCUGAUUCUCUGCCGGGGCCUCGGUGCCGUGGAUAGGGUCCUUCGUCGUUUUGAGCAGAGUUGGCAUCGCUUGACCGUCGAGGAUCGACUGGCCAUCUGGAACGAGUGGGACAUCAGGCUUGAGCGGCUGCACGGAGAUGUCAGGGACCGGUGCGGGCUGUGUCUGGUUGCGCCGGGGUUCGGGGCCCCGGCAGCCGCCACGUUGUACGACUGCGCCGUGUGUAGCAACAGGGUGGCGUCCUUUGCGGAGGAGAUGGAGCGGUAUGCUAGGCGUCUCGAUGAUAAUCUCGAAUUUCUUGCCCCGGUGUCAAAUUCACCGCCCCCAGUCGUUCAUCCCACACCAGAACCUUCUCCAGCUCCGGAACCCCCUGCCACACCGGUAACACCGCCGAUACCGAAUGACACUGCCAAGGACGACAAGAUCAGGGAGCUCGAGACAAAGUGCCAAGAUUACAGUGAAAUUCUGGAACAAACCCAAAAUGUUCUGCAAGCCGUCAACGCAGAAAAGACUGCUCAGGAGGAUACCGUAAAGGCCAUGCUGCAGGAUCUGGACACUCUGCGAAAGUCAAAGGAAGAAUCCGAAGCGCUAAGCAAAUUGCUCGGGGAUGAUCUUCAGGAGGCCAUGAAUGGUAUUGAAAAGUAUGCCGAGGAUCUGGAUGAUUUGAUGCGCUGGCAAACGGCGCAGAUUGCAUAUGCACAGCUGCACAGUCUAUUGCACAAGCAAAUCGACCGCAUGACUGCUUCCACCAACGAAUCAACCCCAGACAUCGAGCAGCGCCGCAAGGAGCUCGACGUCAAGUCAUUACGACUGCGGCACAAACAAUCUGUUGCCCUAAUGCGUCUUGGUCGCCAUCAAGAGGCAGAGUUGAUGUGUGCAGAAGUAUGGGACAGGAGGGAACUCCUCAGGGUAGAGACCUCAAAGACGGUUGUUCGUGCACUGGUAAAGGACUACUGCGAUAUGCUUGUGCGCAACGGCAAGCACGACGAGGCAGAACGCGAGUACCGCCUCUUGUUGUUAAACGAGCUUCACGGAACGACAGACCGCGAUGAUGAGAAGGAGAGGGUCAUCAUCUACACGCGGUUGGGGGAUAUCAAGUUGGAGCAGAAGAAAUACAUCGAGGCCGCGAUGCUACACAAGGACGCCCUCGAGAAGAUCAUGCAGCUGCAGCCACUCGAUGUCGAUCAGGCUGCAGAGAGCGUGGUCAAGUGCCUAGUCGCGCAGAGGAUGCAGGAGGACGCCGUAAUCAAUCUGGACAGCACUAUCGGCAAAUACUUAGAAACGAUCUGGGUCAGUCGGCGUGAAAACUUUGAAAAACCUAGCGUCCUUGCGUGCGGUCACGAGCAUGGUAUUCGGCUAGUACAAGAAGGGAAGGACGAGAGUGCCAUGACGGUUCUGCUCGCUGUUUGGGAGCGCAGAAAAGCCCUGAUCGGCCACGAGGAUCACCGUCCCGGCGCCAUGGAAACAGCGCUGGCCUUGGUAGAUUUGUCUGUAAAAACGGAUAAUCUCUCCCGCCUCGAGACACUCUUCCACUGGAUAACACAGAACCCGAUCCCGGAUCAAACCGAAGGGGACCGUCUCUGGUAUCGCUAUCGCCUGGGCUGUGUUCAGGCCGUCCUGGCCAAGUACGCAGUUGCCGGCAACAACAUCCGCAAAGCCCUUACUCGGCAACGAGAGUUGUUUGGCGCAGACGACCCGGACACGCUGCAGUACACGCAGCUCCUAGCCGAAGUCCUCCGACGAGAACGACGCAUCGACGAAGCCAUCGGCCUAGUCCGCGACAUUUGGGAAACCAGACAGCGCUACCUCAACGCACGUGGCGGCGUCCUCCAGGCCAUCCUGCGGAUCGGGCAUAUAUACGGCGACAUCCUUGCCGAGUCCAACGACCCCAAGACCCUGAUGGCGGCAGAGACGAUCCUGCGGGACGUGUGGGAGAUGGUCAGCACCAACCUCAGCACCAUCCAGCUGUCCCUCCUCAGCCUCAACCAGCUCUCUGGUUUGAUCUCGGCCGGCGACUGUUACGCCUUUGUCCUGAUGAAGCGCAACAAGUUCGCCGCCGCAAAGGACGUCCUGGGAAUCGUGUUGAACUGGAAGCGUUGGCCGUCGCUCAACUGCGACCCGGCCGCCGUCGACCGCACAGCAUACCUGCUCAACAAGGCCAACGGCUUGGAGCAGAAGGAGGCCGAGGCCAAAAAGGUCAAGUAUCAGCCCUCCAACGUUACCUAUCAUAUCCUCCGGCUCAGGUAUCUAUUGGACCGCUGGUAUAAUCCAGGUGCUGUUACGGGUUAUAUUACAAACUCAUGA